CUACACACAUUUCUACACCACAACAAUUUCCACCUCAAAUCCUCAAGCUGAUUUUGCACUAACACCAUAUCGGUAUCUUCUACAAUCACAACUAACCAGCUUCUUCACCGCCACAUGGUGUCGAUGCCUCCCCGAUUUCCCCAUCACCACCCGGCCCAUCUCAACCCCUCUCCUUUUCCGCCCUAAUUCCUCCCCCAAAUAUCCUCGCCAUUAGAACUCGAAGCAUUGGUCCCACACCCUCGAUGGUCUAUCUACACUACCACCGAUUACCAUCUCCAACCACCAUCCCUUCGUCUAUCUACUUCCAAUCACCACCGCACCCACGAUUCUACCUGCCCUAAACUCGGCACCGCCGAAUGAAGACGCCACAGGCCACCCAACCAGUAAAGCAAAGCAGAAGACAGGUAUUGCAACCACAUGGAAAUUACAAAGCAAAGAUCUCCGUAUCCUCAUGUCGUGAUCGUUGACCGUACUCAAACGCGGAUGUUGUUCCCAACAAACCAAUCACAUUCGUCUGUCAUCUAUAACCAUCUUUUGGCCUGUCACUUUAGCCUCCUUCACUUCAACGACGCUUCAAAAACCAUCCGUAUACACGAAAGUUUUCAACUUUUCACUUUUUAGAGAGAGAAAUCUUCAUCACAGCGAACGAAAUUAUUCGAUACAAACAACAAAUUCGUGAUGACGAAGGGUGUUCAAUCGGGAACCAUACAAGCAGAACAACUGAAGCAAGAUGGAAACCUAUAUUUCAAGAAGAACAGAUUAGGUGCUGCAAUUGAUGCUUAUACAGAGGCAAUUACGUUGAGCCCUAAUGUUUCAGUUUAUUGGACCAAUCGGGCCGUGUGUUAUCGCAAGCGCAAUGACUGGACAAGAGUUGAGGAGGACAGUAGGAAGGCUGUUGAACUUGAUCAUGCAUCUAUCAAGGGCCACUUUAUGCUAGGGCUUGCACUAAUACAGAGGGAAAAAUACGCUCAAGGAAUUAAAGAAUUGGAAAGGGCUUUGGAUCUUAGCAGAGGAGCAGGCCCUCAGAAUUAUAUGGUGGAGGAAAUUUGGCAGGAGCUAGCAAAAGCCAAAUAUUCCGAAUGGGAGCGUAAUUCAACCAAACGAUCUUGCGAUUUGCAAAACCUCAAAGAAUGCUGUGAGACAGCUCUUAUAGAAAAACAUUUCCGGGAUGCGGCUUUCGUUGAUGAAGUUACAGAUUUUGCUUCAGAAAAGUUAGAAGCUCUGAAUUUAGUAUUCAGCAAAGCUGCUGAAUUUGACACACCAACUGAGAUACCAGACUACCUAUGUUGCAGAAUCACUCUUGAUAUAUUCCGUGAUCCUGUCACUGCCCCAAGUGGUUUUACGUAUGAGAAGGCAGUUAUUCUUGAACAUCUCGAGCAGGUUGGCAAGUUUGAUCCAAUCACGCGACAACCUCUUUUUCCAUCUCAAUUGGUCCAAAACUUAGCUAUAAAAGAAGCAGUGCAAGCAUUUUUGGACAAACAUGGCUGGGCUUACAAGAUGGACUGAAAGAUGGCAUGACGACGUCACGUCUUUCAUAUAGAGUCAUGGUAGUGUUUAUAUAGUAUUCAGACGGUUUUCUUUCUUUCUUUUUUUGCUAUGCUAAAAUUGCAAAGUUUCUGGUUGCAUGUUUGUACAGAAAUAGUGAAAUCUUUUAAUAUGAAACAUUUUCAUUGGCUUUGAAUC